AGAAGCAGAACGCGCCUGAAUCCUUCGCAUAAACAUUUAUAAAUCCUUGUUUGCCAUUGAUAAGUUUCGUGUUGGUGGUGUUAGUCGUCGGCACCUGCUGGCUUCACAUCUUCUUGUGCUAAGCCACUUGAUUUGACAGUUUUUUCGCCAAAUGGACCGUUAGAUGUGUCAAUUAGUACUGACUUAGCUGAAAUUCUCCAACUGAAACUUCAUUAUCUUUCAAACAUCACUUACUUAGUUUUUGACAAAAUCUCUACAAUGGGACGAUCUAGAAGUCGUUCCCCAAAAAGACACAAGAGCAAACGAUCACACAAACGUCGGUCUCGUUCACGUGAUCGGGACAGAAAGCGACAUCGAGCCAGCAGAGACAAAUCUAAAGAGAGAGACCGUAUUUCUAAGCCUAGCUCUAGUCGCAAAAUUUUCAAGUCUGACUCAUCAUCAUCAAGUAGUGAUGAAGAAAUCAAGUCAAGGGAGAAAAAGAUUGAUGAAGUUGACAGGCUUGCUGAGCUUGAACGAAUUAGACGUCAGAGAGAGGCAGAGAUGAAGCAGGUGGAAGAGCUUGCAGCUCGCCGAGUAGAAGAACUUGUGGCAAAGCGAGUUGAGGAGGAGCUAGAACGCCGCAAGGAUGAAAUUGAAGCAGAAGUUUUACGUCGGGUGGAAGAAGCCAAGCAUUUGAUGGAAGAGCAAAUGCUUCAAGAACUUGAGAAAAAGAGAAAAGAGCAAGAGGAAGAGCAACAUAAAAGAGAGGAGGCCGAGGCUUUACAGAGGGCUGAGCUCGAGCGAAUUAUGGAGGAGAACCAGCGCAAGAUUGAAGAAGCGCAGGCCAAAUUUGCUGAGCAGCAACUGAAGAUGGUAGAGGAGCAGCGAGCCAUCGAGGAGGAGCGGAUCAAGAUGAAGCGAGAACAGGAGCGACGAACCAAGGAGGAGCAGAAGCUUAUCCUUGGCAAAAACAACGCACGGCCAAAGAUAUCCUUCAGCCUAUCGUAAGUUUUUAACUCCUUCUUUUGGCUGGCCCCAAGCUGUGCCAAGAAGAUAUGUAUAGGUAAUUCUUUACCGGAAGAGAACCUCUAAUCAACAUCAAGCAACGCAUUGAGUACCACGUGUAGUGGUCUAUUCCAGCAAUUGCAGUUAGAAAAAUGUGACUGCUUUCAUCAUCAACACGAGUGUUAUUGAUGUAUUUUGUCAAUCACAAUUGGGAAAAGAAACUACUUUCAUCGUCAAUAAAAUCUUCUGUCAUAACCAUCGUUCCAAGAAGCACCUGCCACAAGAAAUAAGAAAUUGAAUAGCCUUUGGUCAAUUAAAUUCUGACACUUGAAGGCUGAUGAUGUGGAUCUGUUUGCACCAGAAAAGUCUGAACAACUAUGCACCGGGAAAGGAAAUGAAGUUUCUGUCAUAACAAAGAUUAUUUGACUGAUGCAUUAGAGAAAAAAAUGAAAAUGAAAAUAAUUUUGUAGCUUCAAGACAGCAGUUACUGUAAAUAUUAAUUUCUUCUAAUUUUUUAACGCAGUGAGACGGUAAAAACCAUUGUAUGAAGUGAAUAAAUUCAACCAGCAAGGUGCAUUAGUUUAAUGAUUUUGAUUCAUCCGUGUCUUUUUAACCAAAACAGAAAGUGAAUGUAACUGAUAUGAUUAUAGUAUAUGAAUAUUAUCAAAAAUGUGGUAAGCAACUCGAUGCUAUUAGUUGAUUAAGUGGUCAUGAGAUUCAUGCUUAAGUGUUACCAGUAAUUUUUCAGAAAACUGAGUUUGGUUUUAAGGUUUUAAUGAAGUCAAAAUUUACGCAUUUCUUCAGAGUGACUGUAACAUAAUUGGGAGGUUUACUUUUUGCUCCAAUAAGCACCAUGCAAAUGUUUAAGCAACAAACUUUUAAGAAUAUCCUGUAUUGAGGUGAAGAGGGUAAUAAAUACUGACCGAUAAAUACAAGGAAUUCUUAUUUAGUCAGCUUAACUAGAGCUGUUGAUUUUGUGCACGUGUGUCCACCUUAAUACUAAAAUUCUUAACGAGUUGUCUAAAUUAUUCUAUUCUACCUCCAAUGGCAACUUGCCUGAUUCUGAAUAACAUUAUUUUACGCAACAUUUUAUCAUGGACGUUUUCUAUUAUAUACUGGACUUACCAUUAUCCUUAAGAAACAUAGAUUUGUCCUGGUUUUGAUUUUAUUAUUUUUUUUGUAAUCUUCUCGGAAAAAAGUACUAGAACAAGUCUCGUGAACUUACAUGUAGGUAUACUUGACCUGUAAAAUUAAAUAGAUGUAUGUGAAGAUAUCAAUUUCUUUGCUUUGUAAUCUUUUUUGAUUGUUUGAUUGUUUCAGUGACUAAUGAUUCAGGAAGAAAGAAAACUAAGUAGGUGAAAAAGUAGCGUUAUUUUCUGGUGCUGCUCGAGUUAUUUCUUGUUUGUUGUUAUUGGAAGCGAGGAAUGAUAGCAAAUAAAGUGCAGCUUCAACAGUUGCGUGCCUAAGAUAACGUAAAGAGGGAAAAACGUGUUGUAUUUUCCUGGAUGAAUAUUAGCAAUUAUUCAUAAGAAAUUUUGUGUAAGAUUUCCAUUUUGUAUUAUUUAGCUAUCUAUCGUUGACUCGUUGUCAAGAUCAAUCCCUGUCAGGUAUGAAUAAAAUGUAUAGGUUAUGUUGUAUGAACUCAAGGCACAUUUUGUGAGGAAAAUUCAUUUGCUGUUGCACAGCAACGGCUAAAAAUCGCACUCACUGGCGAUGGAUUCAUUUAUGGAAACUUCAUUUAUAUGACUUUAUUUAUUCUGAGUAGCAUUAUUUAUCAUGAUGACCUCUUUAAUAUCUUGUAUUGUAUGAACUGCCCUGUCAAAUGCAAUAAAAAAAAAACUAGAAGCAAAAUUUCAAGAGAUCUUGAAGGUUUCAGUCUGCUACUGAACGAAUAAAAAAUAUUUUGUUCUUGCUCUAAAAGAAAAUGAAUAUGGCUUGCUUGUGUUAUAUAAAGAAACUGUGCCAAGUGUGAGUUUAGACAAAGGGAAGUUUUUCUGAUUGUUGGAAGAAUAACGAAUUUGCUUGAGAUGGCAGCAAUAGUACUGCAAUAAGGCACUGAAAUACUAUCAAUGAAAUUUCAAUAGUGGUGUAAAUUUCCAUGCGUAACAUGUUCCUCAUAUCAUUUGUACAUAUUUUGUCGUAUCAUUUUAUCAUUACCUUGUUAUCCUAAUGUCUGGUCUAGACGUUCCUUACGUCUUUUUCGUUUAAGCCAAUUGUGGUCAUGACAUUCUUUGCCUCCAAUAUUCCUAUUGAUAGGAGAAAAAAAAACAUGUAAUUCACAUACGACCUGCUGGUAUAAUCUUAUUUUAUGCCAUUACUGUUUAUAUUACUCGUAAUCUUAUUUUACGUCAUCACUAUAAUAUUACUCGUAAGAACAGCAUUGUACCGUACUCAUCGGACAACGUUAUUUGUACGUAGCUAACCUGAAGCAGUACAGAGGGUUUCACAUCAGUGGCGUGUUAAGCGAAUUAUAUUAGAUUGCAUCAACUGUUCACGUCUAUGUAUGGUCAAUCAUAUUUGAAUUAACAUUCGAGUCAUUCGUGUUUUUUUUUUGUAUGAAUUGAACUCCAUUGGAGACCUAGUGUCAGUGAUCAUAAUAUUUUUGUAACACAUAAAGUUAUGUCAUAUAACGUGAAAUAUUAUGUCAUAUGCGAAUUCAGUCUGUAAGUGGAUUGAUUACCAAUGAUUUUUUUCCAAUGUACAGAAAUAUUAUUUUGACUUCUUUGCUGUUGUGUAAACGUAUUACAGUUAUUCAUGUUUCUAUGACUUGAUCCAGAGCUUCUAUUCAUUUUUCAAACAAUAAUCGUUGCGUGAAUUCAAGUUAGGAAAUAACAUGAAGGAUAUUUGAAAUAACAUGGAGAGAACUGCAAUCAUGUGAUGUAAAUAAGCGCUCCGUAGGCAACCCGGGAGAAUAAGUACGAAUGUUGCUGUGCUACUCGAAGCAAGUUUACUACAGGUUAAUUAGCUGCAGGUGACCAAGUUUACUACAGGUUAAUUAGCUGCAGGUGACCAAGUUUGCUGCAGGUUAAUUAGCUGCAGGUGACCAAGUUUACUACAGGUUAAUUAGCUGCAGGUGACCAAGUUUACUACAGGUUAAUUAGCUGCACGUGAUCAGUUAAGUAACGUGAACAUUUGCACGUAUUCUGUAAACUUCUUUCUUGAAGGUUGGUUCACGUUAGACGAGUUAUAUUGCAAGUAAGCUACAGAACAGCGUCUUACAUUUGUGACUCGUGUUCUAUUUAGACAUGCAAAUUGGACGAGUUGUGUCAUACAUGUAACCUUGUACCACAUUUGUUUCUGUUCUGUAACCUCCCAUAUUUGUUAACUUUUGGAGUAACCUCCUCUGUAAUAGUAAUUAAAAUAUCAACCGUAA